GCUGUCCGGCCCCCGCCGCGUGGUUCCCUUCCCCUGCCUGCCCGCCCCACCCGGGCCAGCCUGCGCCCGGCGCACCGCUGCCCGCGGCAGGUCGCUGCGCCAGCCAAGUUGGAAUGGGGGCCUCCAACCACUGCCCGGCGCCCGAGAGGCCACCUGCGUGCUAGAGGCAAACUUUUGUCUCCUCGGGUCACCAUCUGGGACUAUGAGCGGCUGAGAUGGAGAAGCCUGUCCCCACCACUGCCUCGGAGAAGAGAGAAGCCAAAAGCGGGAUCCUGGAGGGCAGUGCUUUCCCUGACCCGGGUAAAAAGGCCUGUCCCCUCACUGUGGCUGCUGCGGCGGCGGCGGCGGCGGCCGUGGCUGCCCAAGGAGUGCCGCAGCACCUCUUGCCACCAUUCCAUGGACCCUUGCCAAUUGACAUGCGACACCAGGAGGGAAGGUACCAUUACGAGCCUCACUCUGUCCACAGCGCGCAUGGGCCUGCCACUCUGAGCAGCAGCCCCAUCAUCUCAGACAUCUCCUUGAUCCGGCUCUCUCCGCACCCUGCUGGCCCCGGAGAGUCCCCAUUCAACGCCCCCCACCCCUACAUGAACACCCACAUGGAGCACUACCUCCGAUCUGUGCACGGCAGCCCCACGCUCUCCAUGAUCUCGGCAGCCAGGGGCCUCAGCCCCACCGAUGUAGCCCAUGAGCAUCUGAAAGAAAGGGGCCUAUUUGGUCUUGCUGCCCCAGGCGCCAACCCCUCGGACUACUACCACCAGAUGACGCUCAUGGCCGGCCACCCUGCACCCUACGGGGACCUGCUGGUGCAGAGUGGGGGUGCUGCUGGCACACCCCAUCUCCAUGACUACCUCAACCCAGUGGACGGUGAUGCUGAUGCGCCUUUUGUUGGCUGUUGUGCAGUGUCCCGAUUCUCCAGUCCCCGGGUGACCCCUCGCCUGAGCCGCAAGCGGGCGCUGUCCAUCUCUCCACUCUCAGAUGCCAGCCUUGACCUGCAGCGGAUGAUAAGGACCUCCCCCAACUCGCUGGUGGCCUACAUCAACAACUCACGCAGCAGCUCGGCAGCCAGUGGCUCCUAUGGGCACCUGUCAGCAGGUGCCCUCAGCCCAGCCUUCACCUUUCCCCAUCCCAUCAACCCUGUGGCCUACCAGCAAAUCCUGAGCCAGCAGCGGGGCCUCGGCUCUGCCUUCGGACAUACGCCACCCCUCAUCCAGCCCUCGCCCACCUUCCUGGCCCAGCAGCCCAUGGCCCUCACCUCCAUCAACACCGCACCCACCCAGCUCAGCAGCAGCAGCAGCAACUGUCUGAGUGAUGCCAACCAGAACAAGCAGAGCAGUGAAUCAGCUGUGAGCAGCACUGUGAAUCCCAUCACCAUUCACAAGCGCAGCAAGGUCAAGACAGAGGCCGAGGGCCUGCAGCCAGCCUCCCCCCUUGGACUGACACAGGAGCAGUUGGCUGACCUCAAGGAAGACCUCGACAGGGAUGACUGUAAGCAGGAGGCCGAGGUGGUCAUCUAUGAGACCAACUGCCACUGGGAAGACUGCACCAAGGAGUAUGACACCCAAGAGCAGCUGGUGCAUCACAUCAACAAUGAGCACAUCCACGGGGAGAAGAAGGAGUUCGUGUGCCGCUGGCAGGCCUGCACGCGUGAGCAGAAGCCCUUCAAAGCGCAGUACAUGCUGGUGGUCCACAUGCGGCGGCACACGGGCGAGAAGCCGCACAAGUGCACGUUCGAGGGCUGCUCGAAGGCCUACUCCCGCCUGGAGAACCUGAAGACGCACCUGCGAUCCCACACCGGAGAGAAGCCGUAUGUGUGUGAGCACGAGGGCUGCACCAAGGCCUUCUCCAACGCCUCGGACCGCGCCAAGCACCAGAACCGCACCCACUCAAGCGAGAAACCCUACAUCUGCAAGAUCCCAGGCUGCACCAAGCGGUACACAGACCCCAGCUCGCUCCGGAAGCAUGUGAAAACGGUCCACGGCCCAGAUGCACACGUCACCAAGAAGCAGCGCAAUGACGUGCACCUCCGCGCCCCUCUGCUCAAGGAGAACGGGGACAAUGAGGCCAGCAUCGAGCCUGGUGGCCGGGGAUCUGAGGACAGUGCUGAGGCCAGCAGCACCAGCCAGGGAGUGGAGGACUGCCUGCACAUCAGAGCCAUCAAGACAGAGGGCUCCGGGCUGUGUCAGUCCAGCCCCGGGGCCCAGUCAUCCUGCAGCAGUGAGCCCUCUCCCCUGGGCAGUGCCCCCAACAAUGACAGCGGCGUGGAGAUGCCGGGGGCGGGGCCCGGGAGCCUGGGAGACCUGACAGCGCUGGAUGACACACCACCAGGGGCUGAUGCCCCGGCCCUGGCUGCCUCAUCCGCUGGUGGCCUGCAGUUGCGCAAACAUGUGAGCUCCAUGCACCGGUUCGAGCAGCUCAAGCGAGAGAAGCUUAAGUCACUCAAGGAUUCCUGCUCAUGGGCUGGCCCAGCCCCACACACCCGGAACACCAAGCUGCCUCCCCUCCCGGCAAGUGGCUCCAUCCUGGAAAACUUCAGUGGUCCUGGGGGUGGCGGACCAGCAGGGCUGCUGCCCAACCCGCGGCUGUCCGAGCUGUCUGCUGGCGAGGUGACCAUGCUGAAUCAGCUGCAGGAGCGGCGUGACAGCUCCACCAGCACAGUGAGCUCGGCCUACACCGUGAGCCGCCGCUCCUCCGGCAUCUCCCCGUACUUCUCCAGUCGCCGCUCCAGCGAGGCCUCACCCCUGGGCCCCGGCCGCCCCCACAAUGCCAGCUCCGCGGACUCCUAUGACCCUAUCUCCACUGAUGCAUCGAGGCGCUCCAGCGAGGCCAGCCAGUGUAGCGGGGGUGGCUCCGGGUUGCUUAACCUCACUCCGGCACAGCAAUACAGCCUACGGGCCAAGUAUGCCGCGGCCACAGGCGGCCCUCCACCCACGCCACUGCCUGGCCUGGAGCGCGUGGGCCUGCGGACCAGGUUGGCGCUGCUGGACGCACCUGAGCGUGCGCUCCCAGGCGCAUGCCCACACCCACUGGGGCCACGACGGGGCAGUGACGGGCCUGUCUACGGCCAUGGCCACGGCCCCGCGGGGGCUGCGCCUGCCUUCCCACAGGAGGUGCCAGGUGGCGGAGCACGGCGGGCCAGCGACCCUGUGCGGCGGCCUGAUGCUCUGACCCUGCCACGAGUACAGCGCUUCCACAGCGCGAACAACGUGAACCCGGGCCUGAUGCUGCCCUGUGGUGAGAGGCGGGGCCUCCGCCUGCAGGGCCACCCCAGCGCGGAGGGCAGCCUGGCCCGCAGCGCCUACUCUCCUCGGCCACCCAGCAUCCGCGAGAAUGUGGUGAUGGAGGCCAUGGCCGCAGGGGUGGAUGGCACAGGGCCCGAGCUGGACCUGGGGCUGCCAGAAGAUGACCUGGUGCUGCCGGAUGACGUGGUACAGUACAUCAAGGCGCACACUGGUGGUGCGCUGGAUGAGAGCACAAGGCAGCUGUAUCCCACAGAAAGCACUGGCUUCCCUGAGAACCCCAGACUGCCCAGCCCCGGGCUGCAUAGCCAUCGGAGGGUAGCAGCUGCAGACUCCAAUGUGGGCCCCUCCGCCCCUGGGAUGGGAGGCUGCCAGCUCGGGUAUGGGACACCCUCUAGCCUGAACAAAAAUAACAUGCCGGUGCAGUGGAAUGAGGUGAGCUCUGGCACUGUGGACACCCUGCCCAGCCAAGUGAAGCCACCGCCCUUCCCCCAGGGCAACCUGGCCGUGGUACAGCAGAAGCCAGCCUUUGGCCAGUGCCCUGGCUACAGUGCACAGGGCCUGCAGCCGAGCCCGGCGGUUCUGGAUAGCACGCAGCCCUGCGGUGGAGCCCCCUCUGCUUCCAGAGGCAACUACAUACAGCAGCUUCGACACUCUGCCACAGGUGGCCAGUGUGGUAGCAUGACCACUGCCGGGAGUCCCCAUGCCAGCUAUGGCCCGGCUCACCCCCACCUGAGCCCAAGCAGCGUCAGUGGGACCCUGAACUAUUUCCCCACCUCCUGCAGCAGCAUUACAGCCAAGCCAGGCCCCCUGGGGCUUCCUCCGCAGAUGGAAAUUGCCUCCGACCCCACCUUGAUGGGCAGCAACCACGGGGAGCUGGGGGUGCCACCACCGCAUGCAGCCCAGGGCUAUCCACAACAGAGUCAUCACUUGACGGUGCCUCUGAGUCAGGAAGGCUACCGCCAGGCCCCCAGCCUCCUCUCUUCCCAUCAGUCUGGCUUCAUGGAGCCUCAACAGGGCUCUCUGGGGCCCACUGCAUCCAGCUUUGGCUUAGUACAACCCCGCCCACCCCUUGAGCCCAGCCCUGCUGGCCACCACCGUGGGAUACGUGCUGGGCAGCAGCAGUUGGCCUACGCCAGGGCCACCGGCCAGGCCAUGGCCGCUAUGUCAGCCAGCCAGGAGACUGCAGAGGCUGUGCCCAAGGGAGCAGUGGGCACCGUCAGGUCACUGCCUCCACAGCUGGCCCUGCAGGAUGCAGGGGGGACACAGGACCACAGCAUGGUCUACUACUAUGGGCAGAUCCACAUGUAUGAACAGAACGGUGGCCUGGAAGGCCACAGAGGCUCCCUGGCCACAAGACCCCAGCCACCACAAGCCCAGGCCUGCCCAGACAGUGUGCAGCCCCAGCCCUUGCCCUCACCAGGGGUCAACCAGGUGUCCAGCACUGUUGACUCCCAGCUCCUGGAGGCCCCCCAGAUCGACUUUGAUGCCAUCAUGGAUGACGGUGACCACUCCAGCCUGUUUUCUGGUGUGCUGAGCCCCAGCCUCCUCCACAACCUCUCCCAGAGCUCCUCCCGCCUCACCACACCCCGGAAUUCCCUGACUCUACCCUCCAUUCCCACAGGCAUCAGCAACAUGGCAGUCGGAGACAUGAGCUCCAUGCUCACCAGCCUAGCUGAGGAGAACAAGUUCCUGAACAUGAUGACCUAAGGCCCCAACCCCUGGCCCAGAGCAGGCCCAGAGGGGCCCUUGCUUCCCUGGAGUGCAGCAGUUCCACUCUCCCAUCCAUUUCAUCUUUGUCAAAAAGUAGUAGUAAGCUGGCCUGAAGAGUUUCUGCCAGUGGCCAGUUCAGGCUACAGAUGUUUUAAGAGAGGGUUUAUGGGCAUCCUCUCCCGUCUCUUGGACUAUAUUCUGGAACACUAAAAAUAAUCUCAACCGGAAAGGAAAGAGAAGAGUGAAAAGCUCAUUUACACAGCACUUGCCAGCCUUUGGUGUUAAUGGGACCACUCUGUUCUGGCUUCUUUGCUCUGUCAUUUGGCUAAUGAGGGAUUACGUUGGCUGGCAGCUUCCCAGUACAUGUGGCGAGAGGGUAAGAAACCAUGUUUGGGUCAAGUCUGAAAGCAGCACUGGCGAUUCUGCUCCGAGAAGAUAGCCUUCUCAUUCUGCCACCUGCCACAAAACGGAGUUCAGGGCUUCCCCUGCUGCUCCUUUGAGCUUAAGUCUUGAGGUUGCUGGGGUCCCUUGCCAGAGGGGAGAAAAUCAAGUCUGCACCUAUGUUUUGAAACACAUUGUAAUUCCAGGUUUGGUAGAGUUGGCCUCUCCACUCUCUGGAGUAGCUUUUGGGACCACUGAUUGGCCAAGUGUGUGUGAUCAAAUAAAAUAUAUAAAUAUUGCCAGAGAAAGGAAAGAAUAGCGUACUGUGUGGGGUAAGUCCAGAAGCUGCCCAUGUUUACAGUGUUCCUGCAUGGAGAAUGUAGCCCUUCCUGAAAAGAAUGCUUGUUCCUAAAUACCUCGGGGCUGCUGGAGCUGCUGUGGGUUAGAGAUGGACUAGGCCUGGAGGAGGUGGGACACACCAGCGGCCCAGCCUCAGGCCACCCGGAGCAUUACCCGCAGGAAGAGGAGGUCGCGUGUUUACCCAGCCUUGCUUUUGCAAUGCACUAUCUGCCCACCUUACCAUGAAAAAUGCAAGGUUUUGACAGUGGCCUCUGCCCAGGCUCCCCUAAGCUGUGCCAGCAGCCCAGUGGUCCAUACCAAGCCACAACGUGCAGUCCCAGUACCUUCUGGAUUCUUUAACCUCCAUGCCCCCCUCCCCGUUAUUUGGCCGAGAAUGACGACAUGCAUGGUGUGUGGGGUGGGGUGGGAGGGUGAAGGGGUUGAUUCUCGGACUCUGAGGGAUCAUCACUGAAUUUUCCCAUUCAGUAUAACCAAGCCUCACCUCGAAGUGGAAUUUAGAACUGGCGCCAAGAAGACAGCAUUCCUGCACAUCCCGCGGGAUGGAUCAGUGCCUCUUCUGCACCAUCACGCAUGCGUGCGCCAGCACGCAUGCGCACACACACAUCCCAGACUUUCUGCUGAAUUUGUAGCACCCUAGCCAAACCAACUACAUCACUGAGAGCUUCAUUCUUGCUGUGACCGUGGCUUCGGUGAGGAGCUUCUUAGCAACACCUGUAGCAGGGCCAGAACCUGAUUAUCCGGGUCCCCUGUGUCCCAGCACAUCAAAUUCCUUGUUAAGGCCCAGAGACGAGGCCAGCUCCACAUGACAGUCCUGGGACAUCACCGAGGCUCUGCAGCUUGUGGCGGUGUGUGCUCCCCUCCUAAGUUGGGAGUGUGCUCACCGUUCCCAGCCUGUAUAUAUUCUGUGCAGAAGAUACCAUCCUUGAAUAUAUUGUAGGUGAAUUGUCUGGCCAAAUUUAUAUCUCCAAAACAUUUUUAGCUUUUUCUACAUGCUAUGAAUUGAGAUGACAAGCUCAACUUGUAAAUAAG